AUGCCCAGCAUAGCACACAACUGGAUGAGACUAGCCCAGGACCAGAAGUGGCAAAAGAGAGGCCUAUACUCAGCAGAGGGCGAUAAAGGGCUGAUAUAUGAUGAUGAUAGCACAGCCUUAGGCAUGACGUUUAGCCCUAUUCAGUCUCCCCCCGAACAGCCAUGGGACCGCACGCGCGCUGAACUAACACAGUUCAUAGAAACCAGGAAAAUAAACGGAAUAUCAGUGAAAUGUGUCAGUGAGUGCCUCAAGAUGGGAGUGGACAGCUUACCUCCGCCGAACAUAGAAGCGGGCGCCGGCGAGGGCCCCGGACCCCCUUCCAACAACAACACAGAGGCUACUGCGUCCCCCCCUAGAGAUGAUAACCAUAAUGCUGCCCCCACGCCCCGAGCGAGGCCCCUCACACCAUCAGACGCCCUCAAAAUGUACGGCGACCGGCUCUCAGAAUGGGAGCGGACGGAGGUCCGAAAGUACCCCGAGGUGUGGUUCCUGGGCCUGGAGGCCAGCAAGAUCCAGGCCAAGUCCAGUCUGCCUAACAACUGCGGGUUCGAUGACGAGAACGGGAGCUACAAUAAGCAAAUCCACGACCACGUGGCGUACCGCUAUGAGAUUCUGGAGGUGAUCGGCAAGGGGUCGUUCGGGCAGGUCAUCCGGGCGCUCGACCACCGGACAGGAGGUCAAGUGGCCAUCAAGAUUAUACGUAACAAGAAGAGGUUUCACCACCAGGCCCUAGUGGAAGUGAGGGUGCUGGACCACCUGAGGCUCAAGGACAAGGACCAGGCGCACAACGUCAUACACAUGCUCGACUACUUCUACUUUAGGAACCACCUCUGCAUCAGCUUCGAGCUGAUGAGCAUCAACCUGUACGAGCUAAUAAAGAAGAACAACUACCAAGGCUUCAGCUUGAGCCUGAUCCGGCGGUUCGCCAGUUCGCUGCUCCGGUGUCUGAGGCUACUGGAGGCGGAGAACAUCAUACACUGCGACCUGAAACCGGAAAACAUCCUCCUAAAAGCGCGAGGCAGCUCGUCCAUCAAAGUGAUAGACUUCGGCAGUUCGUGCUACACGCACGCACGUGUGUACACAUACAUACAGUCACGGUUCUACCGCAGCCCUGAAGUGAUACUGGGGUUGCAGUACGGAGCCGCUAUCGAUAUGUGGAGUAUGGGAUGCAUUUUAGCAGAGCUUCACACGGGGUACCCCCUCUUCCCGGGAGAAAACGAGGCGGAACAGCUAGCGUGCAUCAUGGAACUCUUGGGCCCUCCUCCACCGGACCUACUCAUCCACGCCACCAGGAAACGACUGUUCUUUGACUCAAAAGGCGCGCCCCGCUCAGUGACGAACUCGAAGGGACGUAAGCGGCGGCCGGGCUCACGGACGCUGGCGGCCGCCGUGCGGACGGACGACCCCGCCUUCUUACACUUCCUGCAUCGGUGUCUAGAAUGGGACCCAAAGCGGCGCAUUACGCCCAACGAGGCGUCCCGGCACGAGUUCGUGACCGGCUGCCCGCUGGGCUCGACGCCCGCGGGCGUGCUGGCGCUGCCGCGCCUGGCUCCCCCGAGGCCUGCGCGCGCGCUGCUGCACAGCCAGUCGGCCGGCGACGUGGCCGCCAUGCUGGGCCGCGCGUGA